AUGUCUGAGUCUCUCGUCUACAAGGGCUCCCUCGCCGGCCACAAGGGCUGGAUUACCGCCAUUGCCACCUCGCAGGAGAACCCCGACCUGCUGCUUACCGCUUCGCGUGACCGCACCAUCAUCGUCUGGCAGCUUUCGCGCGACGACUCCAACUACGGUUACCCUAAGCGCAUCCUCCACGGUCACAACCACUUCGUGUCCGACAUUGUCAUCUCCUCCGACGGACAGUUCGCUCUUUCCGCUUCGUGGGACAAGACGCUCCGUCUUUGGGACUUGAACACCGGCACCACCACCCGUCGUUUCGUCGGUCACACCGCCGAUGUGCUCUCGGUCUCCUUCUCCGCCGACAACCGUCAGAUCGUCUCUGGUUCGCGUGACCGCACCAUCAAGCUCUGGAACACCCUCGGCGAGUGCAAGUUCAACAUCACCGACGACGGCCACUCCGAGUGGGUCAGCUGUGUCCGCUUCAGCCCUAACCCCCAGAACCCCGUCAUUGUCUCGGCUGGUUGGGACAAGGUCGUCAAGGUUUGGGAGCUCAGCAAGUGCAAGUUGAAGACCAACCACUACGGCCACACUGGCUACAUCAACACGGUCACUGUCUCGCCCGAUGGAUCGCUCUGCGCCUCCGGUGGCAAGGACGGUAUCACCAUGCUUUGGGAGCUUACCGACGGCAAGCACCUCUACUCGCUCGAGGCUGGUGACACUGUCAACGCUCUCGUCUUCUCGCCCAACCGUUACUGGCUCUGCGCUGCCACCGCCUCGUGCAUCAAGAUCUUCGAUCUCGAGUCCAAGAGCAUCGUCGAUGAGCUCAAGCCCGAGUUCACCGGUGUUGGCAAGAACUCGGCUGACCCCGAGUGCCUCUCGCUCGCCUGGUCCGCCGACGGUCAGACCCUCUUCGCCGGUUACUCGGACAACAUUGUCCGUGUCUUCACUGUUUUGUAA